CCCAUGUGAAAGUGUCACAUUUCGUAUGUACGGAAUGCGACGUGUGACUGGCCGACAGCUAGCUUUACAGUUAGCGACGCGCACUAAAACAAUGUGGCUCAUCUUAUUUCUCCGCUUGCAACUUCCUAGUGUUUCAACGAGAACAGAGCUUAUCCGCGGAAGGCCACUCCUGUUUUGAUUUGUCUUUUGCAAUCCCUCCGUACGCCUUCUCUUUUCUUCCACCGUCAUGUCUUUCACUGGGAAAUAUGAGUUGGAGAGUCAAGAAAACUACGAAAAGUUCCUCGAAGCAAUCGGACUUCUUAGUGCCAAGACUGACAGCAAAGUGCAGACAGAAGUGCUUCAGGACGGAAAUGCAUUCACCUGGACUCAAAGCACCCCCAACUGGACUUGGUCAAAUAAGUUCACCAUUGGUAAGGAAUGUGAGCUGGUCACAAUGAAAGGCUCCAAAUUCAAGGCCCCCGUGAGUAUGGAAGGUGGGAAGAUUUCAGUACAAUUUCCACAGUACCUCUUCACAGCUGAGAUGGUGAACAAUAAGUUGGUCAUGAAUUGCAUCACUCCGGGAGAGAAGGGCGUGACUUUCAAAAGGGUGAGCAAGAAGAUCUGAGGCUGCAAGACCGAACACGCUUGAAAAGGAGAGCGACUGCACACGGAAGACCACGAGGUGUCUGCUUUACAGACAAAAACUGUAACCGCGCAAAAUGUUUGUUGACUUGAGGUGUGGUUUUACAGUUCAGGGUAAUUGACAGAAGCCUGUGAGGCCUCACUUACCAGCAUUUGUGUUGCAUUCAUUAAAAAUAUCACAAAUUUUGACUGGGUUAUUUUCCAAGGAGGCACCAGAUAGAAUCGAAUACCUUUUGUUUUACAUGAGCAGAUUAUACACAGAUAUUUAUUUUCUUUUUCUUGGAAGACGAAACAAAAAAAUGUGGGACCCCGAAAUCCAAAUAUGGUACUUCAAAGGAAAAACAUUUUGAGUAGAGCAUUUUUCAGAAACUAAUCGUAUAUUUUUAUAUUCACUCAUAUCAUUGAAAGAUGCUGCUACUUUAAUUUAGUCACACUGAAACAUUUACGAUUUGAGUGGUCUUUUUGCUUUGGCAUUAUAAUUGGACACAACUGUUGUGAAUAUUCCCAAUACGCUGCAUCUGUCAGCUAUACACAAAUGGUGAGUAGUUUUACUUUUACUUCAGUUUUGACUUGAGUUUGACGAUAUUUUUAUAACCGUAUAAUGAAUAUUGAAUCCUUAGAUUAAACAAUUCCCUGUACAAUAAUAUUAACACUGAUACAAAAAAAAAAAGUUUUACUCGGUGCAAAUAUGGUUGCAUUU